GUGGCAGCACACGAAAAGAAAUCGAUAGUCGAUAACUCGAUAAUCGCUUUUUGUUUAUUGUUAAGUUUCCAUACAACAUGAAGCCGGAGGAAGAGUUGCUAUUAUUCCGGGACUUUCAGCGCCUAAGGAGCUGCAAGCACGACGAUGAGAAGGUGUCCACAGCAACGUCCCGCGAGCAGCAAAAGACUGAGAUCUCAAUAGAGAAAUGCUUCGACCGCUUCGAAGCACAGCUUUUUACACACCCGCGCCUUUCCCAGUUCUUCCGUUUGGAGCACCAGCACUACUUGGACACGAUGUUGCGCCGGUUGCCGCCCAACUACGAGUGCCUGGACAGCAGCCGACCUUGGUGCAUCUACUGGAUCCUGCAAGCAGCUCAAUUGCUGAGUUUUAACUUUGAUGAUAAAACCCAAGAUCAGGUGGUGCAGUUCCUUACCAAAUGCCGUGCUCCAACGGGUGGCUUUGGCGGAGGUCCUGGCCAGUAUGCCCAUCUGGCACCCACAUACGCAGCGGUGAACAGUCUGUGCAUCAUCGGUACGGAGGAAGCCUACCGUGCCAUUGACCGACCAACGCUGGUGCAAUUCCUGUUCAGCGUGCGAGAAGCAGACGGCUCCUUCCGCCUGCAUGUAGAUGGAGAAACGGACGUGAGGGGCGCAUACUGCGCCAUUUCGUGCGCCAAGGUAGUCAAUCUGCCGGAUCCUGUGCUCCGAGAGCUGUUCGCUGGUACCGGCGACUGGAUAGCUGGAUGCCAAACGUAUGAAGGUGGAUUUGGGGGCGCCCCCGAUCUGGAGGCUCACGGGGGCUACACAUUCUGCGGCAUUGCCGGCCUUGCCUUGCUUAACGAAGCGGACAAGUGCGAUAAGCAGGCUCUGCUUAAAUGGACACUGCGACGCCAGAUGCGGUAUGAAGGCGGUUUUCAGGGUAGAACAAACAAGCUGGUGGAUGGAUGCUAUUCUUUUUGGGUCGGAGCCACCAUACCCAUAACGCAAGCCACGCUCUCCGCAGACGACAAGGAAAUGGAUCACGCUCUGUUCGAUGUAGAGGCACUGCAAGAGUAUAUCCUACUUUGCUGCCAGAAGCAGAACGGUGGUCUCAUCGACAAGCCAGGAAAACCCCAAGAUCUGUACCAUACGUGCUAUACCCUAAGCGGAGUGUCCAUUGCCCAGCACUCGGAAUCCGCCAGCCGCCCUCAAGUCCUCGGGGACACCAUCAAUGAGCUUCUGCCCACCCACCCGCUGUUCAACAUCCCACCAAAGUCCGUGGCGGCAGCCCGAAGUCACUUUGACAAAUGCAACGAUAUGGAGUUCGCUGGUAGCGACAGUACCUGAAGGGAAACGAUUAGAGGGACAGAAAGUAUGCUUAACAAGGAAGAUAUGAUCUUUCUACUGGGACAUUUGAUUCCACUAAAAAUUUUUGAACCAAAUUUUCAACUUCAAUAAACUUAUUUUGAACUGCAUUUAUGUAUAUACUACGUCUGGAUUAAAAUCUGCAAAAAUUUCCAUAUA